GCAUUCCAGAUGGGUGACAACUGAUCAACGACAAUAAUGAUAAUCUAGACGAAGUACUAACCACGCAGGAAUUCGACUUGAACGCCCCGAGGAGACGCCCGACUAACCGAAUUGAAAGCAACAUAAAUCAACGGCCUCACCCCAAUGCAGUAGACUGGAAACUCGAGACGAAACACCCGUGCAAUAGAAACUCUUGAGGCGUCAUCAUGUCAGCCCCUGUCAUGAAGCUUUCAACUCCCUCGAAAGCCCCGUCAACACCAACUGCGCAAACAACACCAUCCACGCCCCAAACAGGAACAUGGCAACAUCCACGCUUCGCUGAAAUCGCGCGCCGCCAAAACGCCACGACCUUCUCCGACCGCAAUGUCCGCUCCGUGGUCUACAACGUCGGGAGUCUACUCUUCUGCUGGAUUGGCGAGAACUUCAUUCAAUCAAAACUCCCAUCCAUAAUCGACCUCACCUCCAGCCUCCAACCCUACCCCCAAUACAUCUACAACCUCCUCCGCCUCCUCUUCCUAGCCAACAUCCUCAUCGCCAUCCUCCCCCUCCUCCGCCCCAAAGACACCCUCGCCGACAUCCCCCUCACCCCAGCGCAACGCUCCCUCCUCGGCCUCCCCGCCUCCUCCACCCCCCCAACCCCCGGCUCAACCUACAUCACUCCCCCCCGCUACGCGCGCUCCCCCGCGCCCCGCAACUCCGGCUCGAACACCAGCUCCCCGAUCUCCGGCAGCCCGUUGAGCGGUCGCAAUAGUCCGAUAAACGGCACCGAGGGAGGGAGAGGGAGCCCGUUCAACCCGAAUGCGAGCCCGUUGCUUCAUAAGACGUUCAAUAAUCAGAGGAGGGAUAGCUAUGGGAGCCCGAGUCCGCUUGGGAGAGUUGGAGGGGCGGAGCCGGGGACGCCGAGUCCGAGUGGUGCGGGGAAGGCGAGCGUGGGGUUGAAUAGCAAGUGGUUGUAUGAGAAGGGACGGAGGACUAGCCAGGGCGGGUCUGGUGGGCGAUUGUUCAAUAAGUUGGAUUAGUGGGUGCGGUGCGGAUUAAUGGAAGCUUGAGUUUGAGACGCGGGCGGAGGAUGGGUGCACUGGCGUAUAUGAUUUUGCCAUUUUAGAGUUUUGGUGCAUGGCUUUGGUCGCCACGGCGGCCAGGAGUUUUUGUGUAGAAACACGAUCGAUGACACACGUUAAAAAACUACAUGCGUAUCCGUG